AUGGCGACAAUUUGCGACCGCGGACGAAAUUUCUGGGCUGUUAGAAAGAAGGAUGGCGUCGGGCGAGGAGGAAGUUUCUCGAACAAGAGAGAAGAACGAGCGACAGCAACAACCGGAGCUUUGCACGACUUCCACUGUGCUACACGCUCAAGCUCGACUAAAAGUACUUUGUCCCGCAGACGUCCAGCAGCUAAUCGGUCAUCAAGAAGAACGUCCUCUACGGGGGGGAGCGCCGCUUUGAAGCUGGAAGACCCCCAGGAAGAGGAGGAGCUCUGGAUCAUUCAUGAGGGUCUUCAAAGGCGGGAGGAGGCUGAUCGCAGCAAGUUGCCGCUGACCGGUGUCUCUGUGAAGACCGAAGAGCGUGAAGAGAAAGCACAUGUCCAGCAGCUAAUCGGUCAUCAAGAAGAACGUCCCCCCCAGCCACAGGGGGGGAGCUCCACGUUGAAGCUGGAAGAUCCACAGCCCCCCCACAUUAAAGAGGAAGAGGAGGAACUAUGGACCACUCAAGAGGGUCGGUGUCUUCUCGCGCCGGAGGAGGCUGAUCUCGCCAAGUUGCCACUGACUGGUGUCUCUGUGAAGACCGAAGACCAUGAAGACAAACCACCUGAGUCCUCGGAGCUUCAUCACAGUCCAAAUGUCUAUCAGCUGAUUGGUUGUCAAGAAGAACGUCCCCAUCAGCCACAGGGAGUGAUCUCCACUUUGAAGCAGGAGGAUCCACAGCCCCCCCAUGUUAAAGAGGAAGAGGAGCCACAAUCCCCCAACGUGAAAGAAGAAGAGGAGGAACUCUGGAUCGCUCAGGAGGGAGAGCGUCUUCUAAGGAAGGAGGAGGCUGAUCUCACCAAGUUGCCACUGACUGGUGUCUCUGGGAAGUGUGAAGACUCACAGCUUCAUCACAGUCCAAGUGAGGAGAACAGAGGGGCGGAGCCUCCGAGCGGCAGCUCACAACAACACAUGCUAACAGAAGCUGAUGGAGACCACCGUGGAGGAUCACGAGCAGUCCAGCUCUUAGCUCCGCUAUCAGAUAGUGACGACACUACGUCACACUCUCCUGAGGAUGAAGACAGGGACGACACCCAACAAGGUUGGAGCAGCAAAACGGGCUGUGAAGGUGACACGAGGGCUAACAGACACUCUGCAUGCUCUGAAAAGAAGACGGGUAGAAAACGUUUCACCUGCUCAGUUUGUGCUAAAAGCUUUUUAAAGUGUUACAUGACGCAACACAUGAGAACACACACAGGAGAAAGACCUUUCAGUUGCUCAGUUUGUGGCGAUGCAUUUUCGCAGCCAUCGUCUUUAAAGACACACAUGAGAACGCACACGGGAGAAAAACCUUUUAGUUGCUCAUUCUGCGAUAAAAGCUUCACUAUAAAAGACAAUAUGGUACGUCAUAUGAGAACACACACAGGAGAAAGACCAUACAGUUGCACACUUUGUGGCAAUGCAUUUUCUUGUGUCUAUAUUUUAAAAUUGCAUAUGAGAACCCACACGGGAGAAAGACCUUUUAGUUGCUCAUGUUGCGAUAAAAGCUUCUCUCAUAAGGCAACCUUGCGGGUACACAUGAGAACACACUCAGUAGACGGACCUUUUAGUUGCUCAUGUUGUGAUAAAACUUUCUCUAAGCAGACAUCAAUGGCGAGACACAUGAGGACACACUCACGAGGAACCUAUUUCAGUUGCUCAGACUGCGGCCAAAUGUUCACCAAAAAAGAAAAGCUGGUAUCCCAUAUGAGGACACACGCAGAAGACAAACCCAUGAGCUGCUCAGUGUGUGGCCACACGUUUGCUCUGACUUCCUCUUUGCACAGACACAUGAGAACACACAGGAUGUCCUCUGUGAAUCAUGGUGAGCAGUCCAGGGUGUUGUCGUCUAUGGACUGAUAUGCACCAUACUUUUGUAGGCACCGACCCGAUUCCGCCGGUACUGCCGAGCACCUGCUCACGUAAAAUGAAAAGGAACCGUGUUUUGCUCCCAACGUGCCAGUCUGGAAGUGGGGUAGAGUGUUGGCGUUGCUCCUCACAACAUUCAGUUCGCAAGCAAAGAAGACGAAACCAGAGGGAGGGGGCGAUGUUUACACCAACACUGAAGGCACUCAAUACGUGACAUGCCGCCUGGACGCAUCCCGGUGUGUAGAAAUCUUUCAAACAGCCAUAUUUUACCAGAAAAAUGUCAUUUUUGUCUUCACAAAUGAAUUAAAAUGGACUGAAAAGCAUAGGUGUGUAUUUGGUUAGCAUAUCCAACAAUAACACAUCGGUAGAGUGCAUACAAAUAUGGGAGAAACAACAUCUUUAGGAAUACUUUAUGUCGUAGUGUAAGACUGGGACGUCCAUGUAGGGCAAUUUACACGUGAUCAACAUGUGAUCCAGCCAUUCAAAGUGAGUCACCACGUAGCAGAAGGUUUGUAUCGUGUGAGUCAUCUACUACAAUACAGAUUGUUUUCCCUGUGCCUCCGAUGAGAACCAAAGCAGGUGUCAUUCAAACACACACUGAAACAUUACAGGCGACACGCAAGCUACAUUAUCCGUUAGACCAGGGGUCAGCAACCCGCAGCCCCGGAGCUGCACGUGGCUCUUUAGUGUCCUUGUUGCGGCCCUUCACCGACCGCUGCGGAAGUAGACUAAAUGUGCAUUUUUGAAAAGAAUGUGAAAUAUCU